GCUAUUAGUUGUCAUACGGACAACGAAAUCUAGCAGAUCUACGUUAGUAUAAUGUUUGAUAUUUUCUAUUCUAUAUUUAGAACCGACAUAUAUAGGAUUGCAGAUUAUGUCAAUGAAAGGUAUUGCAAGUAUGAUAGUGGGCCAAGUGCAGGGUGACAAUUUCAAUAUUAGCCCAGAUGAAAUUAUUUUCCAUAAUACGUCGGACUCGGCCUCCGUUUUGAGGGAAAAUGGCAGCCCCCGUGAAUGUCAACAAAGAAAAGACACUCGUGUGGAGCCCUUAGGGGUAGAAAACAACAGUGAGGCACUCGAAGGGAGCGAGUCUGACAACCAUUGUGAUUCAGCAGAGAAAAAGAAAAGAAGGAGGCGAUUAAAGGGUGGAAAACAUCACCGAAAAUGGAAGCCGUACGAAAAAUUAAGCUGGAACGAGCGCCGUGAACUGGAAGAAAGGGAAACGCAGCGUGCAAACCAGAAACGUGAGGAGGCGUUUGCCAGUGGCCACCCGGUGGCGCCUUAUAAUACGACCCAGUUUCUAAUGGACGACCACGGAAAGGGGGAUCCAAAUGAUGGAUUACUCGAUCGGAAUAAUUCUCGGGAAUCGAUCGAUGGGAGCGGAUCCACCAGUGAAUCUUCGGAAGAAAUGUUAUCCGAGGAGGAAGAAUUUUUGGAGAAAGAAUUUGAGGAGACCUACGAUAAUAUGCACGCAGAGAGGCUGCAGAAAAUGAGCAAGGACGAAUUAAUUAAGGAUUACAUCGAGAUGGAAACGAAGUUGGACAGACUACAGAGGCGGUUGGAGCGACGCACCAGACGCAACAAUGAUACAGCUGACGAUAGUUCCGGUUCAUUGAGCAGCGGCGGCGAGGAGUUUGUUGAUAUGGACGUGGUGCGAAAACUAGAGGCGGAACAAGAAAAACUGAAAAAGGAAAACGAACAUUUGAAAAAAGAAGUGUUGAAAAUGACAAAGAAAUCCAGCUGAUAGCUCUUUCAAUUUUUUGUUACACUUUUAUAGGAAUCAAUUUGAAGGCGAGUUAUGCAUUUUUU